CACGUUCUCUCCUUGGAUAUCGGAUCAAAACACGUUUAACAUCAGCAACUGGAAUCGUGUCAACUGUCUUUUUCGCUGAAGUGUUUUUUCAAUAAUUAGGAAGCAGAUUACUUCGGAAUCAGCUCAAUCUUUUUUCAACAUGCAUUCGCUGCAAAACGUCAAAAUAAACUGCAGUCGAUCUGUGUCAUCUGCACCCAUUCUUAUUUUAGCUGAACUAACGAAAGACACUGGAUCAAUCAAAAUUGAAUGGGGAAAUACAACAGCUUUAGAAAUAAUUCCGAAGCAAGGAUCGGCUAUAAGUUUUACUUCAGUUUACUCCAUCUGCCGAUUUUUGGCCCGCACUACUGCACCGGCUCUUUAUGGAAAUAACAUACUGGAAAAAACUGAAGUAGAUCAUUGGUUAGAAUUCUGUAGUAGAAAAUAUACUGUUCCAGAAUUCAAAGAGAGCCUGACGAAGCUUGACUCUACUUUAUCUAUGGUAACUUUUUUAGUUGGAGAUGCUCUUACACUUGCUGAUAUAUGUGUAUGGUCCUUACUUUAUAAGGGCUUACCAGCUGGGUGCAUAUUGCCUCAAAAUGUAAAGAGAUGGUUUACUUUCUUAUCCAGUCAGCCAGCAUUUCUUUCUGCCUCCCAAAUGUUUCCUCAAGAAAAUCCAACUUCAGAUAAAAAUGAAUCCUCCACCAAAGUGAAAAUGGAAGAUAAAGGUAAAUUUAUUGAAUUACCUGGUGCUGAGAUGGGAAAAGUAGUUGUCAGAUUUCCACCAGAAGCUAGUGGAUAUUUGCAUAUAGGGCAUGCCAAAGCUGCUCUUCUUAACGCUCAUUACCAAACAACUUUUCAAGGCAAAUUGGUUAUGAGAUUUGAUGACACUAAUCCAGAGAAAGAAAAAGAAGAUUUCGAGAAAGUCAUUCUUGAAGAUGUGGCUAUGCUUCAAAUAAAACCAGAUAUUUUCUCAUAUACAUCUGACCACUUUGAUUUCAUUGAAAAGAAGCUGGAGGAACUGUUAAAAUCUGGUAUUGCUUAUGUUGAUGAUACUGACCCUGAAACUAUGAAAAAUGAACGAGAACAAAGAAUAGAAUCCCGUAAUAGAAAUAAUGACGUGGAGAAAAACUGGAAAAUGUGGCAAGAAAUGAAAAAAGGUACUGAUUAUGGAAAAACUUGCUGUGUUCGAGCGAAAAUUGAUAUGUCAUCCGAUAAUGGCUGUCUUCGAGAUCCAACCCUAUAUCGCUGCAAGGCUAUGCCGCACCCACGCACUGGAAAUAAAUACAAAGUCUAUCCUACAUAUGACUUUGCUUGUCCAAUUGUUGAUAGCAUUGAAGGUGUUACUCAUGCUUUGAGGACAACUGAGUAUCAUGAUAGAGAUGCUCAAUUUGAGUGGGUAUUAGAUGCUUUGAAAUUGAGGAAACCAUAUGUGUGGGAAUACUCCAGGCUGAAUAUGACACACACUGUUCUCUCAAAAAGAAAAUUAACUUGGUUUGUGGAUCAAGGCUUUGUAGAUGGCUGGGAGGAUCCAAGGAUGCCUACCGUACGAGGAGUUCUUAGAAGAGGAAUGACUGUUGAAGGCUUAAAGCAAUUCAUCGUAGCGCAAGGGUCAUCACGAUCUGUAGUUGUCAUGGAAUGGGAUAAAAUUUGGGCAUUCAACAAAAAGAUUAUAGACCCAAUUGCUCCAAGAUAUAAUGCUGUUGAAAGAGAUAAUUGUGUUCCUGUUAUUGUUGAAGGAGCUACUAAUCAAGUUCUUGAAGUUGCCAAGCAUCCAAAGAAUCCUGAUCUUGGAACAAAAACUAUUAAUGUUGGACCUAGGUUACUUGUAGAUGAUUUUGAUGCCAAAGCUAUGAAGGUGGGAGAAAAUGUUACAUUCAUUAAUUGGGGAAAUCUUCUUAUCACCAAUAUUUCCAAGAAACCGAAUGGUGAGAUUGAAUGUGUGAAUGCAAAACUUAAUUUGGAUAAUAAAGAUUUCAAGAAAACAUUGAAAGUCACAUGGGUUGUUGAUUCUCCAGAUUCACCACUCACACCAUGUAUGUGUGUGUAUUAUGACCAUCUCAUUACAAAAGCUGUUCUGGGAAAAGAUGAUGAUUUCAAGAAGUUCCUGAACAAGAACACUAAAGUUGUUGUCAACAUGAAAGGUGAUGCUGAUUUAACAACUUUGAAGAAAGGUGAUAUAAUCCAAAUCCAAAGGAAAGGAUUCUUCAUCUGUGAUGAGCCAUAUGAUCCAUCUACUAUGAGGUACACUAGUUGUGCUGGUUCUGUAGUUCUUUUCUACAUACCUGAUGGUUCCAAAGACACAAGUGGCUUACCUUGUGCAGUAAGAAAGGCUUUUACCCAUGAAGAAAGUGUUAAAGAAAAAAUCACAAGUUUAAAAGGAAAAGAUUUUGAGAGGUCUCCUCAAGAAGAAAGUAAAAGCAUUUGUUCGCCUGUAGGUGAUGUAUCAAUGUCUUAUACAGAAACUGAUUCUGGAUCUCAAAAUUUGUUUGAAGCUGCUAUGAAUUUAGAUAAUAAAAUUAAAGAUCAAGGUAAUCUCAUUAGAAAAUUAAAAAGUGAAAAGGCUGAAAAGAGUGUAAUUGAUACCAAUGUUAAAUUGUUGUUGCAGUUGAAAGGAGAAUUUAAACAAUGUACUGGAAAAGAUUGGGCCCCUGGUAUUAAAGUAGAUGAAAUUGUUCAGAAACAAAGUACUGCUGUUAGUGUUAAAAAAGAGAGUUGUCCACAGAACAAUCCAGGCGAUGCUGUCGGUAUUCAUAACAGUAUAAAGGCUCAGGGAGAUCUUAUAAGAAAAUUGAAAUCUGAAAAAGCAGAUAAGAAACUAAUUGAUGAAAAUGUCCAGCAGUUACUGAAGUUAAAAGGUGAAUUUAAAAAGAUUACAGGAUUAGACUGGAAACCUGAUAUAAAAUUACCAUCUGCUGAAAAUAAAACCACUGAAACUAAAAGUUCAAGCAAUCAGUUGGAUUCAGUUCUAGAUCAACAAAUUAGGGCACAAGGAGAUGUUGUUAGAAAAUUGAAAUCAGAAAAGGCUGAAAAAAGUGCAGUUGAUGGAGAGGUGCAAAAAUUGCUGAAAUUAAAGGCCGAAUUUAAAAAUGCUAUUGGUGUUGAUUGGAAGCCAGAUUUCAAACCUCAAGCAGUUAAAACAGAAGCAAGUAAUCUGAAGGAUACUAGCUGUAAUGAUCCCUCUUUUGAGCUUGAUCUUCAAAUUAAAGAUCUUGGAAGUUUGAUUCGAAAACUUAAAGCUGAUAAAGCAGAUAAAAGUGUUAUUGAUGAAAAUGUAAAAAAACUAUUGAAGCUGAAAGAUGAUUACAAAAAUGCUGCUGGCAAAGAUUGGAAGCCAGAUAAUCAAGCAAAUGAAACUGUAAAUAAUCCUGGUAAGAAAUCAUCUGAUAAUCCAAAGAAACAAGCUACUAAAAACAAACCUGCUCAAAAAACUGAAAAGGCUGCUUCCGAAAAUCCUGAAAGUGGUGUAAAAAAAAUUACAAGACUUGGUUUAGAAGUGAAGAAGGAAGAAAAUCUGGCUGAAUGGUACUCUCAAGUUUUGACCAAAGGUGAAAUGAUAGAAUAUUAUGAUGUCAGUGGAUGUUAUAUCCUACGUCCUUGGGCAUAUAGUAUUUGGGAAGCUAUUCAAAAAUUCUUUGAUUCUAAGAUCAAAGAAUUAGGAGUUACCAAUUGUUACUUCCCGAUGUUUGUAUCUUCAAAUGCUUUAGAAAAAGAAAAAACUCACAUUGCUGAUUUUGCCCCAGAAGUUGCUUGGGUUACCAAAUCUGGAUCUUCAGAUUUAGAAAAACCAAUUGCUAUAAGACCAACUAGUGAAACUGUUAUGUAUCCUUCUUAUGCAAAAUGGAUUCGCUCCCACCGAGAUCUUCCUUUGCGAUUGAACCAAUGGUGCAGUGUUGUCCGAUGGGAAUUCAGAAAUCCUCAGCCCUUCAUUCGUACUAGAGAAUUUCUAUGGCAAGAAGGCCAUACUGCAUUUGCUGUUAAAGAAGAAGCAGAAAAUGAAGUUUACUCAAUAUUAGAAUUUUACUCUCAAGUAUAUGAGAAUUUACUUGCCAUUCCAGUUAUUCGAGGUAGGAAAACAGAAAAGGAAAAAUUUGCUGGUGCUGAUUUUACCACCACUACUGAGCUUUAUGUUCCUGCUAGUGGUCGUGGAUUGCAAGGUGCAACAUCUCAUCACUUAGGACAAAAUUUCUCUAAAAUGUUUGAAAUUGUAUAUGAAGAUCCUGAAACUAAUGAAAAGCAGUUUGUCUAUCAAAAUUCAUGGGGGUUGAGUACCCGUACUAUUGGAGCAAUGGUUAUGAUACAUGCAGAUAACACUGGCCUUGUUCUGCCACCACGAGUAGCUGCUUACCAAGUAGUAAUUGUUCCAUGUGGAAUAACAGCAUCAAUGAAAGAAUCAGAAAAAGAUGCCCUCCUGGUGAAAUGUAGUGAAUUCGAAAGUGUUUUGAAGAAAGCAGGUGUUGCUGUGAAAGGUGAUUAUCGUGAUAAUUAUUCACCUGGAUGGAAGUUUAACGAUUGGGAACUUAAAGGUGUACCCAUAAGAGUUGAACUUGGUCCUAAAGAUAUGAAGAAAAAUCAGUUUGUUGCUGUGAGACGUGACACAGGUGAAAAGGUUACCUUGGGGAUUGACACGGCUCCUAAUUCAAUCCUUGAACUUCUUGAUAACAUCCAUUCUAAUUUGUUUAACAAGGCUAAAAAGGCAAUGGAUGAGCAUCUUGCUGUAUCUUAUGAUUGGUCUGAUUUCUGCAAUAAACUUAAUCAGAAGUUUAUUCUCAUGUCCCCUUUCUGUACAGAAAUUGAAUGUGAAGAGCAAAUUAAGAAAGAAAGUGCCAAAUUGUCAGAAGAAGUUCUUGAACCAGGAGCACCAGCUAUGGGUGCAAAGAGCUUGUGCAUACCCUUCCAACAGCCAGCUGAGAUCUUACCUGAUACAAAAUGCAUUAACCCCAGUUGCAAGAGGAAGCCAAAAAAUUUCACUCUCUUUGGUAGAAGUUAUUAACAAAUUUCAUGAUAUAAGAUUCAUGUUUUUAAUCAUUGAUGAUAAAUAUUAAUGCCAUAAUAAAAAAUGAUUUGCCUAAAAUCAAUGAAUUUAGUAAUGAUAUGUUUUAUUUAAUUAUUUUUCUGUCAAAGAGCUGUAACAAAUGCAGUUUUUAUAAAGACUAUUAUUCAAAACAUGAGUAAUUAUGAUUGAAUCUGUUUUCUGUUAUGGUUUUGUUUGACAACUAUGUUUUCCACCUUUUUUACAAGUCGUUUUACUUUAUACUUCCAUAUAAUAUGUAAGGAAUGUUAGUGUAUUUUCUGACAAUUUUGUGGAAUGUGUUUAAUACUUUCUUGAAACUUCCUAGAUUUUUAUAUUUUAUCUUAUUUAUAAACUGUUAUUUAAGCAAUCUUAU